AUAAUUCAUUGUACAAUUAUGAGUACCUUUAUACAAUAUUGCCUAAUUGUACUGUUUAUAAUAACUUCCAUUGAAAUAAAAAAUAUUCGAGGUGCAUUCAAAAAGAAACCCCCUACAACAUUUGUUGUUGUGGACAAUUCGACUUCAACAGAGAGAUUCUUGAAACUUGUAAAACAUUGUCUUACCAGUUUCAGCACAUGGAUGGUUCUUUUAGGAUAAUCUAAUGAUUAAAUUCAUUUCUAUGGAAACGAUAUUUGUAUUUGAGUAAAACAUUAUGCAAUCAAAAUGAAUGAAAUUUUCUUCCAGUUUCAAUGUUCCUAGUAACUGUGUUUAUUUUUGAUGGGAGAAUAUAUUCAUAUCUGUGAUAUCAA